UCCCGUAUAAAUCUUGCGAAGAUUCUUGCCAAGAUUCUCGUGGUAAAUCCCACCAAGAUUUUUGCCAAGAUUCUAGUAGUAAAUCGUACCAAGAUUUUUGGCAAGAUUCUAGAAAUAGAUCUUACCAAGAUUCCCGUAGUAAAUCUUACCAAGAUUUUUGCCAAGAUUCUCGUAGUAAAUCUUACUAAGAUUUUUGGCAAGAUUCUUGAAGUAAAUUCUACCAAGAUUCCCGUGGUAAAUCUUACCAAGAUUCUUGCCAAGAUUCUCGUAGUAAAUCUUACCAUUAUUCUUGCUAAGAUUCUCGUAGUAAAUCUUACCAACAUUCUUGGCAAGAUUCUAGAAAUAAAUCUUACCAAGAUUCCCUUAGUAAAUCGUACCAGGAUUUUUGCCAAUAUUCACGUAAUAAAUGUUACUAAGAUUCUUGCCAUGAUUCCCGUGGUAAAUCUU